CCCGCCGGCGCUUCUCUGCGGACCUGUCGGCGACUCUGCGGGGACCGAGGUCCCGGGCCCCAGCCGCGUCCGCCCGGGCAGCUCGGAGCAUGGAGAGGAGGGCGCGAAGCUCUUCCCGAGAGGCCCACGGGCGAGGCGGCGGCGGGUCCCCCCGCAAGGAGAACAAGAGGGCGAAAGCCGAGCGGGGCGGCGGGGGCCGCGGGCGCCGGGAUGCCAGGCCCGAGCGCACUGGCUCGGGACGGGCGGGGAGCCCGGGAGAGCCCCCAGCGCCCGCCGCCACCGUGGUGGAUGUGGAUGAAGUCCGCUCUGGCGAGGAGGGCACCGAGGUGAUGGCGCUGCUCGAGAGCGAGCGGCCGGAGGAAGGCAUCAAGACCUCUGGUUUAGGAGCCUGUGAGUGGCUUCUUGUCCUCACUACCCUGCUCUUCAUCAUUAUGACCUUCCCUUUUUCCAUCUGGUUCUGUGUAAAGGUUGUACAGGAGUAUGAAAGAGUAAUUAUAUUCCGACUGGGACAUCUGCUUCCUGGAAGAGCCAAAGGCCCUGGUCUUUUCUUUUUUUUGCCCUGCCUGGAUACCUACCACAAGGUUGACCUCCGUCUCCAAACUUUGGAGAUACCCUUUCAUGAGGUUGUGACCAAAGACAUGUUUAUAAUGGAGAUAGAUGCUGUUUGCUACUACCGCAUGGAAAAUGCCUCUCUCCUUCUAAGCAGCCUUGCUCAUGUGACCAAAGCUGUUCAAUUCCUCGUGCAAACCACCAUGAAGCGUCUCUUAGCACAUCGAUCCCUCACUGAAAUCCUUCUAGAGAGGAAGAGCAUUGCCCAAGAUGUAAAGGUUGCCUUGGAUUCAGUGACCUGUAUCUGGGGAAUCAAAGUGGAGAGAACAGAAAUUAAGGAUGUGAGGCUGCCGGCUGGGCUUCAACACUCACUGGCUGUGGAAGCCGAAGCACAAAGACAGGCCAAAGUGCGGAUGAUCGCUGCAGAAGGGGAAAAGGCUGCCUCCGAGUCCCUGAGAAUGGCAGCUGAGAUUCUGUCAGGCACCCCAGCUGCUGUUCAGCUUCGAUACCUCCACACCCUGCAGUCUUUGUCCACAGAGAAGCCUUCCACUGUGGUUUUACCUCUGCCAUUUGACCUGCUAAAUUUCCUGUCUUCUCCUAGCAAUAGAACUCAAGGAAGCCUUCCCUUCCCAAAUCCUCCCAAACCUGUUGAGCCACUAAAUCCUAGAAAGAAAGACUCUCCCAUGUUAUAGAGGGGAAGUGAGGCAAAGGAUAAUGUAAGGGGCCUGCCUUAUAUGGCACAUCCCUGAGCCAGGUCCUCUCUCCUCACUUCCUGCCCUUCCUUCGAUUGCUAUGUGGCCACGUGGUAUACCUGUGGGAUGCAUGAAGUCACAAUGGAGUAACAUACAGGAGAAGACAGUCAGUUGAUGUGAUGACCCAGAAGGCAUAUAAGAAGUUUAGGCGGAUCAUCUAAUCAGAGCAAUUGUAGAUUUAGUUAGCAUUUCACUUCAGAAAGGAUUUUGAAUCUAGAUGUGGCUAAAUUUUGACUUGUGAAGAAUUUAGUUCAAAUGGCCUCUUUUCUGUAUGUCUCCUGGUCCCUUAGGCAAGUUCUUUGCAGCUCACACAGCCAUUCCUACAAGCUCCUUCCCUUGCGUUUAUCAUACUCUGUUGUAACCCUGUCCUUAAAUAGCCUUCUUGGCUAUGUUAACCAGUUUGAUGAAAAUAUUUCAAAUUGUAUAUAAAACCAGCACAUUGUACCCCAGGAUUGCAUUAAUGUACACAGCUAUGAUUUAAUAAAAAAAAAAAAGAAAGAAAGAAAGAAAUAGCCUUCUUGGUGGCACCUGUAGCUCAGUGGGUAGGGCGCCAGCUACAUACACCAAGGCUGGCAGGUCUGAACCCGGCCUGGACCAGCUAAAACAACAAUGACACAACAACAAAAAAUAGCCAGGCAUUGUGGCGGGCACCUGUAGUCCCAGCUACUUGGGAGGCUGGGGUAGGAAAAUCGCUUAAGCCCAAGAGUUUGAGGUUGCUGUGACGCCACGGCACACUACCCAGGGCAACAGCUUGAGACUCUGCCUCAAAAAAAAAAAAAAAAAAAAAGGAAAUAGCUUCUCUGCAACUAUACUACCAAUUCUUCAGAGGUACAUCCUAGUCAUUUCUUCCCUACCACACUCACUCCUUUUCUUCCACCCAUAUUCUUACACCUAACUCUGAUAGCUACAAAACAGCGACACUUAAAUGUUCCUGAAUUAUGGGGGGCAAAAAGAGAUGCACUCAGGUUGGAUAUAAAAUUCAUACGUAAUUAAAGAAUUUAAAAGGAAUUCGUUUUAUGGAGACUCCUUUUUUAAAAUAAAGAAAUACAAUGACAAAGACAUUUAUCUGAUACAUGUUGCUUUUAAAAUCUUAAGAACACAGUCUGUAAUAGCAUUACAUUUAAAAAAAUGUAUAUACCGAGUAAUGGGUUUGCUAAAAAAAAUUUAAGCAAAACAACAACAACAACAAUGUGUAUACCUUUUUUUUUUGUAUACCUUAAUUUAAAAAUACUUUAUUGUUAAAAAGGUGCUGAUGACCAUCUAAGAGUCAUAAUCUUUUUGCUGGUAGAGGGUGUUGCCCGAAUCAAUGUUGAUGGUUACUGACUGAUCAGGGUGGUGGUUGCUGAAGGUUGGGGUGGCUGUGGAAAUUUCUUAAAACAAUGGUUCUCAACCUUCUUAAUACCACCAUGUAUU